AUGGAAGGUAAGUUAGCUGGUGAUGAGCCUUAUUACCCCUCAGAUGAAGCUGCCAGUUUUGAGACUGAUCCAGAUGACAUAUCUGAUGAUGAUGAAGGAGUAGUUGAACAAAGAGUAAAAGCAAAAAGAAGGAAGUUGACAAACAGAGUUGUGUUUGAUAAAACCUCCAAGAAAAUAGUGUGGGAAACAGGCCUCCAAUUUGAAAGUGUUAAUGAAUUUAGAACUGCUACUUACAAGUAUGCAGUCCAUGAGCAUGUUGCCAUUGAAAAAUAUAUUAAUGAACCUACAAGGGUAAGGGUUAGGUGUGUAGAGGGUUGUCCUUGGCUUUUAUUUGCUAGUCUUGACUCUAGGACUAACAACUUUGUGGUGAAGACCUAUAAUCCAAUUCACAUGUGUGACCCUACCAAUAGGAACAAGCUUUGCAAUACCAAAUUCUUAUCUAGUCACUAUAAUGAGAGAAUAAAGGAACAACCAAACAUUAGGAUUUUUGAGUUGCAGCAGCUCAUUAAGAAAGAGUUGGAUCUUUAUGUUGGUAGAACUGUGUGUAGAAGAGCAAGAAACAAGGUUUUAGCUGAGUUGAGGGGUGACCAUGUUUUGGAGUUUGGGAGGAUUUUAGAUUAUAGGGAUGAGUUGUUAAGAUCAAAUCCAGGUAGUACAUGUGUAGUUAGGCUUAGUGAUGAGACAUUUGAAGGUGGAAAAAAAAUGUUUAGAGGAUUCUACAUAUGUUUUGAUGCAAUGAAGAAGUCAUACUUAGCUGGUUGUAGGAAGUGCAUUGGUUUGGAUGGUUGCUUUUUAAAGGGAAUCUCAAAAGGUCAAUUACUUGUUGCUGUUUGUAAAGAUGGAAACAAUCAGAUGAUGCCACUGGCCUGGGCAGUAGUUGAGGUUGAGAACAAGCACAAUUGGACUUGGUUUAUCAGAAUUUUAAAGGAAGAUCUUCAGCUGGGAGAUGGGACAGACAUGGCUGUUAUAACAGAUAUGCAGAAGAGCAACUCGCCCAAUGUUGAACAUAGAAUGUGUGCUAGGCAUGUUUUAGCCAAUUGGUCCCAAAAAUACAGAGGCCUUGAGAGGAAGAAUUGCUUCUGGAGGUAUGCAAACUCAACUUUUGAGUCUCAGCUGAAUGAGAACUUAGACUGCAUGAAACUGUUGGGAGAAGAAUGCCUUGAUAAGUUGAUGUACUACAACCCUGAAAGGUGGAGCAAGGUUUACAUGAAAUAUACCACAAAGUGUGACAUUAUAGACAACAACAUGGCUGAAUGUUUCAACUCUUGGAUACUGGCCGCAACAAAACUGUAA